UGCCGUCUCGGAACUCGGCAACAUGGCGGCCCGCAGGCAGAAGCUUCUGUACGCACUGUGUUGAGCUCUGACCGACCCGAUACACCAUGAAACAAGGAGAGACGUUCAGGUAACAUUGGAGCUGAGAUGUUUCGUAUCCGGAGGAGCGCCGUGCGGCUGUGCCAGCGGGGCGAGACGCUGUGUCCGCGGGGGGAUGCAGGGUCGCUGUCACGGGGUCAGGGGGGGUCAGCGCGUCAGGCAAACAGGUGUCGCCCUGAGACGUCAUCGUGGCGGACCCCGCAGACACCGGUCAACCAAGGCACAAGACCGAAGCAGUUCAGAGGCCAUUUACAGAUAUCUGCCUGCACGGAAACAAAUCUAAACGCGCACUAUUGCCGGACUAGUCCGUGGCUGAGGCCGAAUGGGAACCCUCAGGUGAACCCGGCCCUCCUCCGGGGAGGUCCCGGCUGGCCUUUGGCCCAUGUCCAGCCCCUCCUCCGGGGGCUUCCUGGCUGGCCUGGGGUCCCGCCCCUCCUCCGGUCCCCCGGGGCUCGUGGGCUGUGCAGCGGGAAAUCCCGGCCAACUCAGGACAUUGACCCGUCACCGGAGCAAAAUGAAAGUCAAGGAAGCUCUGUCCAUGUCCCGGGACACGGGCUGUUUAAGUUCAAAGAGCUGCACGAGAACCCAUGGACCGUCCCAAACCUGCUGUGUGUUUGUCGGAUCGUGCUGUCGCCCUACCUGGGCUACCUCAUCAUCCACCAACACUUUUACCUCAGCCUGGCUCUGUUCACUAUGGCUGGGGCCACAGACAUGUUAGACGGCUACAUUGCAAGAACAUGGCCCAAUCAGAAAUCAGCGUUGGGCAGUGCACUUGACCCAUUGGCUGAUAAGAUCCUGAUCAGUGUUCUGUACGCCAGCCUCACCUAUGCUCAGCUCAUACCAGCUCCUCUCACGGCUCUGGUGAUCUUCAGAGACAUCGGUCUGAUAGCCGCAGUCUUCUGGGUCAGAUACAAGACUGUGCCCCCACCGGUGACCCUCAGUAAAUUUUUUAAUCCAUGUUACACUACAGCCCAGCUCAAACCCACGUUAUUCAGCAAGGUGAACACAGCCAUCCAGCUCCUUCUAGUAGCUGCUUCCCUCGCUGCUCCAGUCUUCAAAUACACGGACAGUCUUCUGCUGCAGUCGCUAUGGUAUGUAACGGCGGUGACGACGGCCGCCUCCGGCUACAGCUACUGGCACUACGGCCGCAAGACGGUCCAGGUACUCAACACCAAAUCACCAUGACAAACCCCGAGCAGAAACACACCUGGCGGUGGCACGGACAAUGGCUGCUGAUUAACGAGAAAACGGCCCAGGCGAGACGCGGCCGACCAGGAGGAUAAGGGCCGGUUUUACAUGACGGACACGCUGGCAUACGGUGCUCUGAUGCAGGUUGCUAUGACGACCACUUAUCAACGAGAUGACAUUGAUGGAGCGGCCUUGGUUUUACGCUAGCGGCGUCUUGGUCUGGAACAAUGGAACACAUAACCAGAGAUGUUCUCACUGUAGUCUGGCCAGUCCCCGAUUCUGUACUCAUUUAAAUAAUUACUAGAUGUUCCCAUGGCAACCAUAUUUUGUCAAAUCAGUUUUGUAAGUCAAUGAUUUAUGAUUAAAAACAAAGGAAAGAAUAGAUACAUCUGUUUUUUUUGUUCUUAUCUCUGAUUGGUUAACACUAAGGUAAGUUGAAUUGAUAAAUGACUCACAAACACGUCACCAUAUCACAUACGGUUAACAUAGUUGGUCAGAUCUUACUUUUUAAAUCGUCCAAUGCUUCAAACAACAUCACACACAAUUUGUGUGGCUUUAUAAUUAGUACUAAGUCGUACUUUCAGGAGGACUGCUGGACCUUCUGCGAAGAGUAAACUGAUCUUUGUUUAUUUAGCAGUGCUCCUAAAGCAACGUCCGUCGAGAUCACUAAAGGAGCUUGAGUGGACAUGUGGCUGCAGAUAGGGUUUCUGAGCUUAGCUAAGCUAUGGUUGUGGAGCAGAUGUGCUGAGUCAACUGGAGGUCCUGGUGUCAGCCAUCAGUUAAGUGGAGCUGGUUAGUGUCAGCCAUCAGUUAAGUGGAGCUGGUUAGUGUCAGCCAUCAGGUUAGUGGGGCUGGUUAGUGUCAGCCAUCAGGUUAGUGGGGCUCAUCAGGUAAGUCGGACUGUCUCGCCGUCAGGUUAGUCAAGCUUUUUCUGAUGGCCGUCAGGUUAGUCAAGUGUUUUCUGGUGGCCAUCAGGCUAGUGUAUUGUUUUCUGAUGGCCAUCAGGUUAGUAAAGUGUUUUCUGGUGGUCAUCAGGUUAGUGGAGUGUUUUCUGAUGGCCAUCAGGUUAGUGGAGUGUUUUCUGAUGGCCAUCAGGUUAGUCAAGUGUUUUCUGAUGGCCAUCAGGUUAGUCAAGUGUUUUCUGAUGGCCGUCCCUCCAUCAUGACAGAAACAUCCCUGAAUGCCCCUUGGAUUGGGGCUCCCAAAAAAUACUCCCAAGCAAUUACUUUUUGAAAAGACAGUGGCCCAGUUGCUCAAUAUAAUCCUUGUUGCCUUACUGAACUGACCGUUUCACUUUUAAACCCCACAGGAACUUCAUUUGGCCUAAUUAAGCUGCACAUGAACAGUGUAUACUGCACAGAAAAUAACGUUUUGUAGGGUUGACGUGUUGCUCAGUGCGUCCUGUAGCAAACUUGUCUUCUGGAGUGUUUUAUGUUUGUUGUUUGACUUCCAGAUGUAACGCAGAAGGGAUCUCUCCUCCCAGCAGCUGUUGAGCUCGCACUUUUAACUUAUCGUAGGUCAGAAAUACAAGAGGAAUAAAAAAUACAAGCGAACAAUGGAAAUACAAGAGGGGUACAAUGGAAAUACGAGAGGAGCGCAAUAGAAAUACAAGAGGAGCACAGUAGAAAUACAAGAGGAGCACAAUAGAAAUAACAGGCGAAAGAGGCUUCUCUGUCCCUAAUGAUACGAACACACCAAACGCGUAACCCGCGUAAAGGUACGAACACACCAAACGCGUAUCCCGCGUACGACGCGUAUAAAAUCGGCAAUUUUUCCAUCGGGAACCAUUGGUUUACGCGAGUAUGAGCUGCGUACACGCGUUACAUGCGCUAAAGCAACAUUUUACCCGCGUUUGCCGCGUAUGAGCUGCGUAUAUAUACGCGCGUACAUAUACGCGCGUAUGCGAGGAGUUCAAAAAAUUUAACUUUUUACGCUCAUACGCAUGACGAUUAGCCGCGUUGCCCAAUCAGCGUUGAGCUUGACCCGACGUCACUGGCAGAGAGACGGAAAGGACAGAACAGAAAUGGAGGACCAAAAUCUCAUAGUCGCUGUGUGCAGCCGUCCUGUCCUGUACGACACCACGAUGGUGUCGUACAGGGACAGGAACAAAAAAGAGAGGGUGUGGGUCGACGUGGCCGAGGAUACUGGCGUUCCUGGUAAGAUCAGUGAAUAAUGUGUGUGUGUAUUUUGCUUGGCUUCAGCUAUCGGUUGUGUUCUACUAUGAAAAAAGUUAGCGCCGGUUAGCUGUAGCACCAGUUAGCAGUAAUAUUAAGUGAUACUACUACAACAGGCUGUCCCGCUUGUCAGGUUACACAACUUAAUAUGUAUAUAUGUUCUUGUCAGUGGACGUAUGUCGCAGGAGGUGGAAGUCGCUCAGGGACAGGUACAUGAGACACAAAAAGAGUGAAAAAAAAAAAGAGCGGGUCAGCGGCAGGGAGAGUGAAGAGAUGGAAAUUCGCUAGGGUCCUGUCCUUCCUCGACCCCUUUGUCACCCCGAGGGAGACCAGCAGCAACUUACCUCUGGGGGCAGAGGAGGUAGAGGAGGACGGGGCUCCAGAGACUUCACUGUCAGGGGCAGGAGAAGAUGAGGAGCUUGAGGAGGCAGCAGCAUCGCACAAUACAGGUUUGUUGACUAAGUGAAGACACGUACAGCUUCUGUAUUAUGGCCACAGGAACGAUUUACAGUGCGGCACGAGUCUGUCUGUCUUUAAUGUGCAAUGUAGAUAUAUAUCAUCCAAGCAAAAAAAACAAGUCUUCUUUCUCAAUAACAUAGACCAGCCCAGCAGUGAGUCAGAUACAGAGGACGCUGAUGCUGCUCCUGCUCCUGCUCCUGCUCCUGCUCCUGUCCCUGUCCCUGCCGCUGGCCCUUCCUGUGUACCUGUCCCUGAGGCUGGCCCUGCCCCAAGACCACAGGGCGGGACGAAGAGGAAGAGAGCCAGGGUACCAGAGGGGAAUACAAAUGUACAGACAGCCAUCCUCCAGGCCCUGCAGAGUCAAAAUGCUGUGCCUACCCCUACCCCGCUCUCUGGGAAUGAGGACUUUGUCAUGGGCCUAGUUCCUUCCCUGGAGAGAUUGCCACCUGAAGUACUGGAGUACGUUAAAUUCCAAAUUCGUAAGGUCAUAUUUGACAAUUCUAAUUUCACCGUUCAUUUGGAACCUGUUUAAGCUUAUUAGCUAGUGGUGGUGACAAUCUCUCCAGGGAAAGAACUAGGCUGAUGUCACUGUUAACUGUUCAUUUUGAUAUUGUUCUGUUAUGUUUAUAUUAUAUUGUUCUUAUGUUAUUUUUAUUAUUUAUAUUUUUAUAAUUAUUUUUGAAAUAAAAUAUUUCUCACAACUCUUCUCUCAAUAUAUGAUUUUAAGAUCUAGAAUGCAUGGACACAAAUAUAAAUUUUUAAUAACACUACUUAAUUGAACAAUUUUAAUAACAAUUUAAUAAUAACUAGAACUGCAAGCAGUUAUGCAGGGGUCCAAGCGAUGUGCAUUUCGCCGGCACAACGCGAAGCAUGUGUUCAAAACGCUACCGUGAACCUGUGGAUAUAAAGGUUUUGACUGGG